AUGGCUUCAUCCCACUUCUAUACGACCUUCCCAGGGAAACAACUCUAUAUCAUCAGCGCCCUCACAUCAAAUCUCAUCAGUCUUCCCUUCUACCUAACAUAUUACAUCUUCCCGUUCAACCGACCCUGUUCCAAAUGGACCUACAACCAAUCUAUACGAAUCCUCCUCGGCAAAGCCUUCAUAAAAUACAUUUCCCUCACCCAAUCAGGAACCAUCCUAACACUGCAACCCAAAAACGAAGGCACGCGAUUCUGCACCAUUAAUCCCGCAUCUCCAACCCGCUACCAAGGAGUCAGCACAUCCAAUCCGUCCAUCGUCCCCGAAAUAAUCGGCGGGACAUGGUAUCCCUCCCCACUAACACCAUCCGAAACCGCCACCACCACCAAUAAUAUAAAAAUAAUCCUCCACUUCCACGGCGGCGCCUACGUAGUCGGCGACGGCCGCAUAAAAGACACCGGAUUCGCCGCCCAAACAUUCCUAUCUCACACCAACGCCACCCACAUAUUUUGUCCACAAUACCGACUCUCCAACGAUACCAGCGGGAGAUUUCCCGCCGCAUUACAGGACGCCGUGACAAGUUACUGCUAUUUAACCGAGACAUUGGGAAUUCCUCCCGAAAACAUCGUCGUGUCGGGCGAUAGUGCGGGGGGAAAUCUAACCCUAACGCUCUUGAGAUACAUACACGAUAAUCCCACUGCAGGACUUCCCCAUCCGGGAUGUGCAUGGUUAUGGUCUGCAUGGGUUGAUAUCGGCAGCGCGAUGGUUGAAGAAAAAUUCCGGGAAAAUAGUCGCGCGACAACUGAUUACGUGCAUGAGAAAUUUGCGAGUUGGGGUGCGCAAGGAUUGGCGCCUUUGGAGGGAACAGGGGUUCAGUUAUCAGAUGCGUGUAUUUCUUAUAUAGGAAAUGCGUUUAGGAGUUCUACGCCGUUGUUUUUUAGUGCGGGGGAGUGCGAGGUGCUUUUCGAUGAUAUUGUGAGGGUUUAUGGGGAGUUUACUGAGGUGGGGAAUAAGACGGAGUUGCAGAUUGAUGGGAAUGCCGUGCAUGAUAUUAUGUUGACGGGACAUAUUGUGGGGUUUGAAGAGGAGGCUGUGUUGGCUGUUAAGAAGGCGGCGGAGUUUUGGGAGAGGUGUAGGGAGUAG